UAUCCGUUCAAUGAUCUAUCCCCACCCCAAAAAAAGACGAGAUUUUUAUGGGGUUUGUUUGUGAUUUUUUCUGCAAACUUUAUUAUUAGUUUUCCGCGUUUUCCCUUAGUUUUUAAAUGUUUUAAUUUAGCAAAUAAUAUAAAUAAGCACCCACUAUGGUCCAGGCCGAGCAUAUUAAAAUGAAAACGGUUCAUAGCGAUUUACCGCAAGCGUUAAUGUUGCUUAGCGAAAUGAACGUGAGCGCCCAACAUGUUGCCUCACUAGUGGACAACAUGAUACAAAAGGUUAGAAAUGGGGAACUCACCACCGAUCAAGGCUUAAGCUUCCUCGAAGUUAAAUAUAACAUGCUGUUAAGCUAUUUAAUAAAUCUCACCUAUAUAGUGUUAAGGAAAUGCUCGGGGGAACCCAUAGAAGGUGAUCCUUGUAUUGAUAGGUUAAUCGAACUCAGGACGGUUUUGGAGAAAAUUAGACCAAUAGAUCAUAAACUAAAGUACCAGAUUGAUAAGCUUGUUAAGACUGCUGUUACUGGUGCUAGUACAGAUGAUCCAGCCACUUUUAAGGCAAAUCCUUUGAAUCUUAUGGAUAAGGACGGGUUUAAUAGUACAGAUGAGGAUAGCAGUGAUGAUUCCGUAAAAGAGAAGAAGGAUAAAAGCAGGACUGGUGUUUAUGUGCCUCCUAAAUUAUCUGCAGUGCAUUAUGCAGGUCCCGAAUCGGCUCAAGAAAAAACAAAACGCCUCCAAGAAAGAAACAAAAAAAUGGCCCUAUCCUCCUCUAUACUCCAGGACCUCCGUGAGGAAUACUUAGACACCCCGAUCGAAGUGUCGCAGGGCAGCAGAGCACAACAAAUUUUAUCGAAGCAACAAAAGGAGAGGGAAGAAUAUGAAGAAGAAUACAUGACCAGGUUACCAAUAACCAAGUCAGAGAAACACAGAAAACGUCAACUGACAACACUGGGCACCUUGGGAGACGACGUGACAAACUUUAGUAGCACGGGACAGGGAGGCAGCCGUAAACGAAAGCAAAAAGGGUUCAAAUCAAAAGGGAAAGGUAACAAGAGGAAAAGGUUUCAUUGAUUUUUAAAAGGUCUCUCGAUCGAUCAGGGCAUUUUAACCGUUAACAGGGUGAUUCAAACAAAAAUUGCUCCAUUAGAGUUUAGAGAAAUAUAUUUAGGUUAUAUAUGCUCAUAAAGAAUGUUCGUUUAAUUAUUUGCUUAGGGUUAAUCGAUCGCCCACGGUUGUAUAUUAUUGCUUUUAUGUAUGCGGUGGUUUUAAAUGAUCGCAAACCCUCUGAAGCGGUAAAACUUUUGGGACCCUAUAAAAAGUGAAGAGUGUUGCCCCUAUACAAGAAUAUAAUGCACUUUCUAAAUAAAACUUAAUAUUUUGUGGUGUUUCUAGAUCAAUUAAAAUGAAAAUGCACAUAAAAAGCUUAAAAUCGCUGAGGUUUCAGAACACCUAUUUGCAUCCUUGAGUUUAUGGAAGUACCAUGCAAGUAAUUAAAAAUACUAUUUUGCAAAAAAUUCUUAGUUCUAUAUAUAAUCAUUAUAUCAGAUUUAUUCGUAAAUAAUUAGUGAUAUAUUUGACUGACUUUAAGUCCUUCAGACCAGAGAGCCUUAUUGCUCUACUAACUCUAAGGUCAUUGGGCUCUGGUAACCCCCGGUGUGGCAUGACAGGUCCAUCAGGAGACCUGUUGUAUAUCCUCCUGAGACCCCCGGCCAGCUGACUUUUAAUAAACAAGGAUAAACAUAAUAGUUUAUAUACUUGGGAUACACUUACUAUAAAAAUACAUGUUUUUUUUUUUAAUAGUCAACCAUUUCUUAUUUUUUUGAUGUCCACUUAAAUGGACGUUGGGCCAUAAAGAAACAAAAAAAAAUGCAUAAUUAUUUAUCAUGUGUUUUAACAAAAAUAAUAUUCUUAAAUUACCAAAACUUUCGAUGUAAUUUUAUUGCCCAGUCACAUGAUAUUCAUAAAAACAAUUAUGAUCAGCAGUGACACACAAAAAAACAUCACAGCUGGUACAAUAAAAUUUGGUUUUCUUCGUACACUUCGAUGAUUUACACCGAACCGAAUUCUUUAAGUGACCAGCAACGGCUGGCAAGUGCAUGUCUUUUUUUCUUUUUGUCAUAGGGGGAGUCAAUGGUGUUGGUGUAAUGUAGCCCAAAGCGUUAUUUCGAGUCUUUAUUGUCAUUUUAGUCUUCAAAAUUUGUGGCUAAAAGUUUAUCCACAACGCUGAUCUUAAAAUCUAAAAAUUGUUGAAUUUGCUUGGCAGAAUCACCUAGUUUUUUCCUAUCAGUUGCUGCUGUAGAGGAUCCAGGCAUUUGCAAGAGCUAAAUCUAUGAAAUCUAAAUUACUUUUACAAAAACAGCCAAAAGUCGACAGAGUAUUGAUCCACAAACAACAUAAACUGCAAAAAAAUAACUAAUAACAAAAAAUAUCCAGAUUGAAAAUUUGGUCCCUGCAAGUGAAAUCCCAAUGCCCACCGGUGGGCACGCGGGGCUCAACGUGUUAAAAGGCAAUUUCUAAGUUAUUCGGGUAUUGAAGUUAAUAAAAUAAACUAAUUCUAAUUUUAUUUUUUAACUAAUUUUAACUAAUUCUAUUUUCGAUAUCGAAACUCAAAUUAUGAACAAUGAUAUUAUUUUUUUUAACUUGCAAUUUUACAUACUGAAGGAAACUACACUUUGAUAAUUUUAAGUAAUAUCUGGAUUUUUAUUUAAUUGAUCUUGAAACCUCUAUAAAGUCCCUUUAAAUUAUGCCUAUUUGGCAAUUAAGGAAGCAACAAAAAAAAUGUUUUACAGGGUUCCACAGUUCAAAUAUGGGUCGGUUUUGUAACCACUAACACUAAAAAAAAAAACAGUCAACCAAAAACCUGUUUGAAAAAAUCUUAUAAAUUAGACUGACAAGCAUAUUUUUCUACCUUGUUAUUGAUGAUAUUCAUUGAUGAUAUGUUGUUUAGUUAAGUUUUCUUUUUUUACGUUAUCUUUGUUGCUUUACUUGGUAAGUUUUUACUUUUUCCAAUUUCAAUAACACCAACACCCAACCAAAUGGUACAAACUUAAUAUUAUUCACACUUUCAUAGUGAUUUACCCAAAUAUGCCUUUUUUUUAAAUCACGAUUUAGUUUAAAACAAACACAGUGCCUAAACUUAACUCCGAAUUCUGUUAACAAGUUUUUUAGAGAAUCAUUGUUAUACAGUAUUGCUCACAAAAUAUAAUAAAUAAAUAAAUUGACAGUUGCAUACACAGUUUUUGCUGCAUCCCAAUUUUAUUCCGGAAUAAAAUUGGUAUGCAGUUACCGAUUUAUACAAGAAUGUUAUUGAUGAAUAUAACUGUUGAAAGUUUUUAUGGAUAACGGGCUGCUCAUUUUGCAGCUUGAUUGACUUUUUUAUUAAGUUAUUUACGUUUCAGUUCUCUUAUAAUAACGGUAUUAUUAUUAGUGUUCAGUAGCUGGUAGAAUCACAUUAAAAAAAAAAAAUGUUUAGGACGUAUAUUAGGAUAAGCUACUGAGGUCAAAAAUUAUAAGCUCAAAAUUUCCAUUGUAAUCGAUGAUUUAUUUACAGUUGACGUAGAGUUAUUGUGUCUAGCCAAGUAGCUUUAAUUUUUAUAUAUUAGUACAUUUCAUUUAAAUAAUGUCUAUUUUUAAUUGAA